AUGACUCUUCUCUCCAAUAUUUGUCUCUUCGUGGCACUAUUCUUAUGUCAGUCCUUGGUUCUAGCCGUUAACAACGGCUAUUACGGGUAUAACCCAUCGGUCGCCAGCUACCUGCCGGAGAAACCUCAGAACAUCAUGAAUCCAGUGGACUCGUGUUGGCGGCAUAAUUCUGACUGGUCCGCUAACCGCAAAGAUUUAGCCGAUUGCGCGGUAGGGUUCGGUUCAUUUGCCUUGGGCGGCAAGAAAGGCAAUUUAUAUGUUGUCACAAACCCUAACGACAAUGCAGCUAAUCCUAAACCGGGUUCGCUGCGAUACGGUGUGAUCCAAGACAAGCCGCUGUGGAUCACUUUCGCUAAAGAUAUGGUCAUAACCUUAGAGAAUGAGCUCAUGGUGAAUAGCUACAAGCAGUGGCGGAUCUAG